CCCUCCCCUGUAGUUUCCACGCAGGAGCAGCCCUGCGUGUUUUUCUCCUGAGAUGAAGUGCACCGUGCGUUUCCCCCACAAGCCUGGAAAUGGAUCUGAAGCUCUGAGAACAUCUUGAAAUCCAGUGACUCCAGUGUUGAUCUUCACAUCAUCCUCAUCCACAGCAGCAGCAUCAUCCCAGAGAAGAUGGGCUGCUGCUCCGCAAGAUGCAUGCUGGUCCUCCUGUGCUGUCUGCAGCUGAUCGCUGCUGUGGAGCGGCAGGUGUUUGACUUCCUGGGUUACCAGUGGGCUCCCAUCAUGAUCAACUUCUUCCACAUCAUCGUGGUCAUCCUGGGCCUGUUCGGCACCAUCCAGUACAGAUCAAGAUACGUCAUCAUGUACCUGCUCUGGACGAUGUUGUGGGUUGGCUGGAAUGUCUUUGUGAGCUGCCUUUACUUGGAUCUGGGAGGACUUUCAAAGGACAGCGACAUCCUGACCCUCAGCGUGUCGUCACAUCGCUCCUGGUGGAAGGACAACGGGCCGGGGUGUGAGCGUGAGGGCCUUCCCUCCACCGGGUGGCACAAUCAGCAGAACCCUGAGCUGACCACGGUGCUGAGCUGCUGGCUGGAGUAUCAGUACAUAGAGAUCCUGCACUGCAUCGUCCAGCUGCUCAUAUCACUCUUGGGAUUUGUUUAUGGCUGCUACGUCGUCAGCACCUUUUCCGAAGAGGAAGACAGUUUUAAUUUCAAUGCUGAAUUUCAUCAUCCAUCCAAACCCCCUCACUUGCUCUUCUAGUAAAAAGACUUGAUGGAUUAUAAAUAACCUCAAAAGAAGGAGGUUGGGAAAAGCUGAGAGAAGGAACCAGUCAGAAGAUGAAACAACUUUGAAGACUCAUCGUGCAUCUGCUUCGGUCUGUUAAUAAAACACUGUCCAGAGUCAAGAGGAGAAUUUCAAGUAUAUCACUGUAGAAAAUACAUAUAUCUAUUUAUGAUGUGUUUUCCUCUAGUGCCAAGUGCUGUAAAUCUGAACAUGAGUGUGUGUGUGUGUGUGUGUGUGUGUGUGUGUGUGUGUGUGCGCGGGUGUGAGAUAUUUAGCACUCAAGUACAGUUAUCUUAAAGAAAAAUAAGAAGCUGAUUCUUAUGUCAAAUGUAUAAAUGAUGUCAUUUCAGUUAGAAAAAGUAACCACAUGUUCUGUAGAUUAUAUAAUUCAGUGAAAUAAACCACA